AUGAACAUCCUCCCGAAGAAGUCGUGGCACGUUCGGAACAAGGACAAUGUGGCGCGGGUGCGGCGGGACGAGGCGGCGGCCGAGGUGGAGCGGAGGAAACGGGACGCGCGCGCGCUGCGGGCGGAGCAGGAGGUGCGCACCGAGCUCCUGAGGAAGCGGGCGCGGGUCGGGGGUCGCAGCCCCUCCCCCCCGGCCCCCCCCGUGCUGUUCCCCCCUCCUGAGGAGGCCCCGAACCGCGAGCACGAGGCGGAAAAAAGGCGGGAACAGGAGCGUCGGGAGCGAGCCCUGGGUGUCCUGACCUACCUGGGCCAAAGCGCGGCCGAGGCCCAGACCUGCCCCCCCUGGUACCUGCAGCCCCCCAGACGUGGGGAGGGGACUCGGGGAGACCCCCACGAAGUUCAGGGGGGUCGCAAAGCGGUGCUGGAUCCUCUGCAGGAUAUGAGGAAGGGGCUAAACCGAGCCCCCAGCCCCAAAAAAACUCCCCAGGAACGAUCGAGGAGUCCCCCCAGAGCCCCUCCUGAAAGGGGUGGGGGUACGGGGUGA